AACAUGUGUCUUUUUAGGUGUAUGCCAGCGAAGGUUCUUCUCCUAUCAUAUCACAAAUGAAUAAAUUGUGCAAGAAUGAUCUCAAUGUUAUUAUAUUAGAUUAUUAACUUUAGCUUAAUUAAGGAGAGAAUAGAAAUGGCAGAGCAUUUUGCGAAACAGGGAAAGGAAUAUGCAGAUUCAAGGCCAAGUUAUCCACCACAACUCUUCCAAUUCAUAGCUUCUAAAACUCCCUCUCACGACCUUGCUUGGGACGUGGCCACAGGAACCGGCCAAGCUGCCAAAUCUUUAAGUACACUGUACAAGAAUGUCAUAGCCACAGAUGCUAGUGAGAAACAACUUGAAUUUGCAACCAAGCUUCCUAAUGUACGAUACCAACACACCCCAUCAACCAUGUCCAUGACUGAGCUUGAACAAAUGGUGUCACCUCAAGGAACCAUAGACCUUGUGACCAUUGCUCAAGCCCUUCACUGGCUUGACCUCUCAACCUUCUACAAACAAGUUAAUUGGGUUCUCAAGAAACCUAAUGGUGUCUUAGCUAUCUGGUGUUACACUUCACCAAGAGUUAAUGAUGCAGUUGGUGCUUUACAUGAUAAGUUGUAUUCGUUUGAUGCAAAACCUUAUUGGGACUCAAGACGUGAAUUACUUGAGGAUAAUUAUAGAAACAUUGAUUUUCCAUUUGAUCCUGUGGAAGGGGUUGAUCAUACAGGACCGUUUGAGUUUGAGGCCGAGACUGUGAUGGAUUUGGAUGACUUCUUGAAUUAUAUAAGAUCAAGGUCAGCUUAUCAGUCAUCAAAGAAUAAAGGGGUUGAGCUUCUUACUGAUGAUGUUAUUGAAAAAUUCAAACUUGCUUGGGGAGAAGAUGGAAAAAAGAUUGCCAAGUUUCAAGUAUAUCUGAGAAUUGGAAGAGUAAGGGAUGCUUGAAAAUAUGCAAAUGAUUGUACUUUUUCUUAUCCCUUUGAGGGUGGUGUGACAAGGAACAUCUUUUCUUUGAUACUACUUAAAUAAUUAAGCUAGCUUUUGAGAAUGAUUGAAAGCAGAUAUUCCAGAGGAGAAAAACUAGUUUGAAACCCCUGGUGUGUACUUGUAGAUAAUUGAUUGAGCCUUUCUAUUGUAACUUGGUAUGACGAAUUUAAGUAUUUUAUGUUUCAAUGUUUCAACAAAUUUCUCAUAAAAA